AGCAAAAGAUUAGAAAGCUGAUCUUAUCACAAGACACAGUGCUAAUAUAAACCUGCACCGUAAACUGUUGACCAAAGAACUGGAUGACAUGGGCCUGGACUCCUCACAGCCUUCUCUUAGUAAGGACCUCCGCGAUGAAUUUUUGGUGAAGAUAUAUGGCGCUCAGCAUCAGAUGGGGCUUGACAUAAGGGAAGACACCUCCUCACCUGCUGGUACUGAGGAUUCCCAUAUGAAUGGGUACGGCAGGGUCAUGUCAGAAGACUAUAUGGUCCUAGACCUGAGCACCACCUCCAGCAUCCAGUCCAGCAGCAGUAUCCAUUCCUCAAGAGAAUCUGAUGCAGGAAGUGAUGAGGGCAUUCUCCUGGAUGACGUCGAUGGGGCAAGUGACAGCGGGGAGUCUGCCCACAAAGCAGAUGCCCCUGCCUUAGCUGUAGGUAUGGGCACCGAUGUCCCAGGAUCCCUCAUGUUCAACAGUGUUUCGGUGAGCAACGGUGGGAUAAUGUGUAACAUUUGCCACAAAAUGUACAGCAACAAGGGAACCCUCAGAGUGCACUAUAAAACAGUGCACUUGCGAGAGAUGCACAAAUGCAAAGUCCCUGGGUGCAACAUGAUGUUCUCCUCUGUCCGUAGCCGAAACCGGCACAGUCAGAAUCCCAACCUGCAUAAAAACAUUCCCUUCACUUCAGUAGAUUAGUUCAAGGAUGGACACGGCAUAAUGCCAGCUCUCAGAGAAGGCCCACCACAUUUGAACUGCCAUAUACAGCCUCCCUUGAUAUAUAUAUAUAUAUAUAUAUAUAUAAAUAUACAUAUAUAUAUAAUCUUUUUCUUUUCUUUUCUAACAAAAGAAAGAAACACCAGGUGCUUUUUUUCCCUUUAUUGGUUGUUGGUUUAUUUUUUUUUCCUUUUGGGGGGGGGAUAGAAAUAUAAAAGGGGGAUCUUUAAACUGGGGUGAAAUAUCCUUCAAGAAAAAAGCAAACAAAAGCAAAAAAAUUAACACAGAGAAAACCUGCAAUUGUCCCUAGUUCUGUUAGAAUGUUCUUGGUCAUCUCCAAAGAGACAAUUUGUUCUACCCAUGACUUUCACCUGAAAAAAAAAAAAAAAGCAAAGGAAAAAAAAGAAAAAAAAAAUCUACUUAGUUGUCUUUGUGUCUUCUAAGCAUUGGGGAUAACGUUCUACUAAGCAUGGCUGUUACACUUGUAUAUAUAUAUUGAGCCUUGACAGGCCUAUGAUGUAAAACAAUUGUAUUGAUGGUGGUUUAACUCUUAUUUUUUUGCUUAAUUUUUACAGUUACAUUCAGCUGUUAGAUAAGCAGGAAAAAUAGUUUGCUGGCUAGUUCUACUCAUUUAUGUUAGCUUUAAUGCACAUUUUUAAAAGAACCACGGUCUUGUUUUAACUACCUGCUAGAUAUAAGUAAUACAGAGGUGCUGGCAUGCUUUACAGUACCUGAUCUGAUACAGUUCUUUUGUCUUGUACUAUUACAUAAAUCCAGUCAUGCACUUUUUCGUACACUACAAGGGGAUGUGUAAUAAUAUCCAUGCUUUUUUUUUUCUUAAACUAUUGCCAUAUUUUCAGUAAGUGUCUUUAAAAAAAUACACUUAGAUAAAAGUGGUCUGGUCAGUAUGAGGGCAUGAAUGCCAAACAAAGAGUAUUAGUGUUUAGUGUUAAUACAAAAGUGCCAACUUUGCACACAUUUUUAAAAAAAAAAAAAAAAAGAAAAAAAAAAAAAAGAAAAUGUAGUUACUUAUUCACCAUAACCACAAUUGUAGUUUUUGGACUACAGUAAAAAUUACUGGGGAAGGAAAAGGGGUAAAGUGAAAUACAAAAUUCUUGGUGCUUUUUUCAAGUGCCAAGUAGUACUAGAAACAAUAGAGCAUCCUCAUUCCUUAUAUAAUACAUUAUGUGAAAGAAAAAACAGAAUUGUGUCAUGUGAAUCAGUGGAAACUCUUUUUUUGUUGAACAUGCAUAAUAUUUGGGGAUAUAAAUGCUGAUACUACUUGUCACAGAACAAAGAUGAAUAUAAUUUUGUGUGCUUCUUACUAUGGCCUGGAUUCUUUGUGGUGUUUAAAAAAAAAAAAAAAAAAAGGAACAGGGAAAUAAUGUUGACUAUGUUGUUCUGUAAAGUUGUCUUUUUUUUUUUUUUUUUUUUUCAAUGGAAAGUGCUGUAGUAUGAUUAAGGCAUGUUUUAUAGAAGCAAUCAAAAGAAAUUAAUGUCAGAAGCACUUAGCUCUGAAAACAUAUGCUGGACUUUUUAUUGGGUAACUUUCCCUUUGGAUAAAUGAGAGGCCAGAAAAAGGAUCUCUAGGUGUGUUAAUGUUUUGUGUUUCACCCACAUGGUUUGUCAGAAAAGAACUAAAGUCCAAGGAAUAGAGCAUGCAAGAGAGAUACCAUGGGCAGGAGCAGGAGAAGGAGCUAUCAAUUGAGAAAGACAGAAAGAAGGAGAGGCUGUCCUCUGAAUCUCUUUUUGUUUCCGGUGUUUACACAUGUUGCUUGAGCUGGUAAACCACACUGGCAGCCUGAGUUACCACAACAUACUGACUGAGUGGUGGUAUUUACUUAAGUUCAGCCUACAGCCAAAACCAUUAGGGUGUGUAGAGUUGUAGACUCUUUUCUUUACAAAAAAAAAAAAAAAAAAAGCAAAAACAACGAAAAAGGGUAUUUCAGCAUACAAUAAAAUAUUUGUUCAUUGA